UUUUAAUAACUCAUAAUUAUAUACACGGUACAUUCUCAUACAGUUCAUUAAAACAUUCAUUAGUAUAAUUACAUACAGUUAUUCAAUGUGGCCGUACUCUUGUAAAUAUUAAACAGUAUAAAUAUAUACAGUGUCAACAGUCACUUUAUAUUUAAAAUUCAAUAAUACCAAUGUUAGUGUAAUUCUAAAUUUUAAGCGGAGCACUAUUUGUUCGUGUUUAUAAUGAGUAAUAGAGUAAUUGGAAACAAACUCAAAGUAUUUUUGAGAUACAAUGAAAUGCGUAAUAUUUCAAUUCAACCGAAAUACGAGUUUCUACCCAAAAAAUAUACGGGUCCCAGCAUGGAGCAAACUAAUGAGAUAAAGUCUAACUUUUUCCCUCCAUCAGUCUACAAUAUUUAUAAAACUCCCCUGCUAUUACACCAAGGACAUAUGCAGUAUUUAUAUGAUUAUGAAGGCAGGAAGUAUUUGGAUUUAUUCGGGGGUAUUGUUACAGUUUCCGUGGGACACUGUCAUCCGAAAGUUGUUUCUGCUCUCCAGAAACAAAUUCACACACUAUGGCACACUACGAAUAUUUAUCGACACCCGAAAAUAUAUGAAUAUAUCCAAAAAUUAGUAGCGAAGUUACCCGGGGAAUUGAAGGUGGUCUAUCUAGUGAACAGUGGUAGUGAAGCAAAUGACCUGGCGACAAUAUUAGCCAAAGCGUAUACCGGAAAUCAUGACAUAAUAUCAUUGCAAAACGGUUAUCACGGGUAUUCUAGUGCUCUAAUGGGUCUCACCGCGACCCAAAGUUACCGCAUGCCAUUGCCAGUGCCACCUGGUUUUUAUCAUGCUAUGCUUCCUGAUCCAUUUAGAGGAAUAUGGGGAGGAUGCAGAGACUCUCUUUCGCAAGUACCUGGAUCAUGCAAUUGUCCAGACGAGUGUGUUUCGACUGAAAAAUAUAUUAACCAACUAAAAGAGCUUUUAGAGAACUCAGUACCAGCUGGUAGAAUUGCCGGUUUGUUUGCGGAGUCGAUACAAGGAGUGAAUGGAGCUGUACAAUUUCCAAAAGGUUAUCUUAAAAAAGCCCACGAAUUGGUAAAAAAAUAUGGCGGAGUUUACAUAGCCGAUGAGGUUCAAUCUGGUUUUGGUCGGACAGGCGACGCAUUUUGGGGUUUCGAAACCCAUGGUGUCACCCCGGACAUAGUAACAAUGGCUAAAGGUAUCGGUAAUGGCUUCCCGAUGGCAGCAGUAGUUACUACAAAAAAAAUAGCUGCUGCACAUACCCAGGCAAUGUAUUUCAAUACUUUUGGAGGAAACGCAUUAUCUGCUGCUGUAGGCGAAUCUGUUUUAGAUGUCAUAGAAGAGGAGAAACUCCAAGAGAACUGCAAAACCCUUGGUGCAUAUUUUAUAGAGCAAUUGAUGCAACUGCAAAAAGAACAUCCAAUUAUAGGAGAUGUGAGGGGCAAGGGGCUUAUGUUAGGCCUCGAAUUAGUGAUACCGUUUACUAAACAACCACUCCCGUUGAAUGAUAUCGCAACGAUAUUCGAAAGUAUCAAAGAUCACGGCAUUCUCAUCGGCAUUGGUGGACGUUAUAAUAAUGUUUUGAGGAUAAAACCUCCAAUGUGUAUCAAUAAAGACGACGUUGAUUUUUCAGUUUCAAUUUUGGAUAAAGUAAUCAAAAACUUUAAUAAAAAUAAGGAAUAAACAUUAAGAAGUAUUAAAAAAAAUAAA